AUGGAAGUGCUUCAAGUUUUAUUUUUAUUUGUUCUAUUUCAAAUAGGCUCUAUUAGCUGCGAUGAAGAAGAAUUUAUUACAAUUGUGGCACCCAAUCAAGUGUACGAAAAUAAAAAUUUCAGCGUCAUCGUCCUGCCAACGAAUCUCCAAAGUAGAACAGAAGUAACAAUGUAUUUUCGUCAAAGCUACGGAACAUUCUCAAUAUAUCCAUCAAGUGAAGAUAGAGUCCAUAAAGCUAAAAUAUUUACUAAAAAUACUGGAUCUAAAGCAUUAUUUGAUUUAACAAUGAUAAUAAGUCGAAAUGUAACGAUUGCUGGACAACCAAGACACAUGUGCAUGAAGCAGACACUCCAAAAAAUUCGCGCUCAAAAGAAAUAUUUUCAUGUAUUCAUUCAAACUGAUAAGCCAAUUUAUAAACCUGGCGAUUUAGUCAGAUUUCGAAUUAUUUUUGUUGAUCGAGAUUUGAAGCCAUUGCACAUAAAUAAUAUAAAUGUCAACAUCACAGAUCCACAUCAUCGUCAAAUUCAUGCUUUUAAUGAUCCAGCUGAAGGAUUUAUUGGAGUUUAUACAGACAAAUUUACAUUGACUGAACCUACAGCGCUCGGCAUCUGGAGGAUUAGAGCAGUAAUUGAUAAAUAUGACAAAUGGGUAGAAACAAAAACAUUUGCUGUUCAGAAAGUUGUCUUGCCUGAAUUUGAUGUCUACAUUAAAGCAUCAAAGACACACUUGAAAACAAAACAAAUUCAAAUUCUAUCAUUUUAUGCUCAAUAUUCAUUUGGAAAUUUUGUCACGGGAAAUGCUCAGCUGACAAUUAGAAACCUUAACAAUAGUCAAAUUGUUUUUACAAAAGACUUCAAGAACAUCAAAGAAUCCCACUCAUUUGAAGUUAAAGUUGAUGAUGACUUGAAGGCCAUCACAACAUCUCGACUUGAUUAUCGAGCAACUGUUGUUUUUACCGAGCCAGAAAGUGAAUUGAGUGCUGAAAAAUCGCUAAUCUUUCAUGUCAUCGCCGACAUGAAGGAUAGAGUUCAUGCAAAUUAUCCCGAAAAAUUCAUACCAGGACUUCCAUUUAAUGUUAAAGUUUCUGUUCUUAACUGGAUUAAUGAAAUUAUUUUGGAAUAUCAUGAACGAAUUGAAGUUAUUUAUGAAAUGGUUUUGAGAAAUGGAGCAACAAAAAAGCACUCAGAAGAGGAUUAUCUUACUGAUGGUGUUUUGAUAGUCAAUUAUUACAUUCCUGAGGAUGUCGUUGAGCUUAGAUUGAAGGUUAAGCUUAAAAAUAGGAAUCAUGUAGAUAAGAUCAUCGAAAUUGGUGAUCCAAUUGUUGGAGUUCAUCGAAUUACAGUCACACAUUCUCCAGAAAAUCCCGAUUUUAAGCAAAACGUGAACAUUACUGUUAGAGCUGACUCAGAAAUGGACAGCAUCAUCUUAAUGAUUAUGACUAAGAACGGAAAUUCAGAAAUUCAUCAGCAUUACUGUAAUUUUAAAAUGACAUGCACACAUGUUAUUUCAAUUAAAAAAGACAUGAUGCCAACAUCAAAGAUUAUUGUUUAUUACGUAAAGGAGAAGAAGACAAUCUAUCAAGGAGAGACAAUUAUUACUACUAAGGAGCUUAGUGGGAAUCAUUUAUCAUUAACCCUUCCCAACAUUGUUGAACCAAAAGCCUUAGCAAAUGUCACACUCAAAUCACGUCCAAGUUCAACUGUUUAUUUACUGGCGUUUGAUAAGCGAUUAACAUACAUGUGGACGGGAAAUGAAGUAACAAAAGAUAACGUAACUGCAUCUAUUGGUGGAUCUACUGGAUCAAACAAUAUAAACAGAUUUGAUAUAACAAAGUCAAAUUGGCAUGACUGUGACGAUGAUGAAAAAACUCGAAUAUCAAAAGGAAGAACCUUUAUAGUUCCUCACUCAACAGACGAAUUUUUAUUUAAUGAAGAUGGAACAGAAAAUUUUGAUGGAAAUGCAGAAGAGGAAGCGAUUGAAACGGAGUCAGAAUUAGAAGAAGCUGGAAAUUAUCGUGAAAACUUUACUGAAGUUUUCAUUUUUGACACUUUAAAGACAAAUUCUGUUGGAACUGCUUCAAAAAAUUAUAAAGUACCGGAUUCUAUAACUUCAUGGAUAUUUUCAUCAUUCUCAAUGAGUGAGUCAUAUGGAUUAGCUAUUGCACCAACACAAGAAGUUAUUGCCAAAAAGCCUUUCUUUACAAAAUUAUCUGUGCCUUAUUCAAUUCGAUAUCAAGAAAAACUUCGACUUGACAUUAUGGUUUAUAAUUAUAUUGACUCAAAUGAACGAUUAGAAGUAACUGUUAAGAUACGUGAAGAAGGACUUCAAAGUCUUAUAUUUUAUGACAGUUUAUGUUCCACAACGCCAAGCACUAAUCGAUCGCCAAGUAAAACUGUAGCCGUUCGAAAUCAAGAGGCUAAAAGGGUCUCAUUUUACAUACAGUCGAAUUCACAAAACGAUAAAAUCAAGCAAUUCCCAACAAUUAAUAUAAAAGCAAAAGGAAGAACACCAAGAGGCAAAACUUUUGAAGAUAAUAUGAGCAAACCAAUCAGAAUUGAGAAAAUUGGAGUAAAGACAUAUGAUGUUGAAUCAAAAAGUCAUCGUCUUAAGCCGAAGGAAUUAAAAGAGGAUAUCGUCUCAAUAAAUAUUAAGGGUGAUUUUCCAAAGAUUAGAGUUGCCAUAUCUGGAGAUUACUUGACCAAUACCAUCAAUAUUGACUCGAAAUUCCAAUUUCUUCCAGAUGAUUGUCUUGAGCAGAAGACAUCAAAGUUGAAAGGUAAUGUUGAGUAUUUAAAAUAUUUGCGCUCAAAGAACAUCACAACACCAGUCAAAGGAUUUAGCGAGUAUUAUCAAUCAAUAUUAGAACAACGAAAAGGAAAUUGGAACUAUAGAGACACUGCUGGCUAUAGAGCAUACUUUAUAGAAGCAAUCGCAUCAGCAAUGGACCUCAAUGCGAUUCCACAAAAUACUGAAGUAAUUAAAGCUGAACUUGAUGCAUUAAAGACUUUUCAAGAGCCAGACGGAAGUUUCAAGAACUUUGGAAGUAUGCCAAAGUACAGAGGAAAUCCAGAAUCUACCAAAUAUUUCCAAACAGCUUACAUUUUGAUUCCAUUUAUCAAGUUCCGUAAAUAUUUCAACACAACAUACGAUGAUGUUAUCAACAAAGGUUUUGCCAGCCUUGAUAUACCACUUAAAUCAGAAGUGUCAGCACUUUCAGUUGCUGCAUUGGCAUAUGGUUUGAAUGGCAACAAAUCAAAAGCAACAAGUCUGUUGGAAGAAAUCAAAAAGAGUAUGAUUGAUGGUGGAAAAGGUGAAAAGUGCUUCAAGAUAAUGAGAAAUGAAACAAAAUGUGAUGUUCGACACACAUCAUAUGCGAUGCUUGCGUACAUGGCAAUCAAUGAAACAGUUGUAGCUAAAGAAUUAGUAACAUUUCUACUUAAAGAGCACAAUGUCAAUCUAUAUUAUUCAAAUACUCAUCCCCAUGCCAUUGCGACGGAAGCUGUCUCAACUGCUAUGCAAGGUGGAAAAAAAAUUAAGACAGACUUUACUGUUCAACUUCAGAACGAAGGAGAUUUUAACAAAACUGUUCAUGUUACAUCAAAUAAUAUAAAAGACACAAUUGAGGUUGAAUUUCCUGAAUAUUCAUCAGAGGCUAAAAUCAAAUCAUUGGGCCAUGGAUAUUGCGCAAUUACAACGAUUAUCGAAAAAACUACAAAACUUGAUCAAGCGAAUUCAAAGUUUACUUUAAAUGUUAAAACAUAUUCAGGAUCAGUUUCCAGUGAAGCUAUUGUAAAUGUUUGUGCUACAUAUAAUGCCAAUAUUGAUGAUAAUGGCGGUUCUCAAUCAAUUUUUAAUGUCAUUUAUGAUGUUGAAUUUCCUAGCGGAUAUGUCUAUGAAGAGCUUAUUGGAAUUAAUCAAAAAACUGAGAUUAGUUACGUAAGACCCAAAAACCUUAAGACAAAAAUAUUAAUUUACUAUAAUGACUUUGUGGAUGGCAGGAAAUAUUGUGUUGAUAUUAAAGUCAAGAAAGCUUUUGAAGUGACAAAGUUGCAGAAUGCUGGAGUUCAAGUCUAUGACUAUGAAGACAAAAAAAACAUUGCUGUUGCGUUCUACAAGUUAAAUGAUGAAUGCCUCAAUACUCCAGAGAACAAUAGUCAGGGCAGAAUGGACGACUACUAG